UAGGGACCGCAGACAGUAAGCAGUGUGUGGAGUGAACUUGAUCAGAAUGAGCUGUGCAGCUGCGUUACUGACGAGAAUAUGAUGAGUGCUGAUCUGAACUGAGAGGCCGCCGAGAACAAGUGACUUUUUAUGUCGCCCGAAUGUUCUUCUUGUUUUUUUGUUUUGUUUUUUUCUGUUGUCCAUCGGAGCAGAGUAAGCGGCGUUGUUUAAUGUAACUGUGCUGAGCAUCAGUGAAUUUACUCGAACGUUAACAAACUAACCAAUUAACCGACGACAUGAUCCCCGAAUGCCCGCGCGCCGGGGACUCGAGAAGCCGAAGCCGCCUUCAUCACAGCGCCGUGGACGGACCGAGCCAGAGCCGCGGCAUCAGCGGCUUGUUGUCCGAAAUCAGAACCGCCAUCAACAACGAACCUUUCACCGACCACUACACCGUAAUCCCCGGCAGAGAGCUCGGAAGGGGAAAGUUUGCUGUGGUCAGAAAGUGUGUGGAGAAGUGCACGGGUCAUGAGUACGCUGCAAAGUUCAUGAGGAAGAGACGGAAAGGGCAGGACUGCCGGAUGGAGAUCAUCCAUGAGAUUGCAGUACUUGAGCUGGCCAGAGCCAGCCCCCGCGUGGUCAACCUCCACCAGGUCUAUGAGAUGGCUUCAGAGAUGGUGCUGGUUCUGGAGUUUGCGGCUGGAGGAGAAAUUUUCAAUCAGUGUGUGUCAGACCGAGAGGAUGAGGCCUUCAGUGACGAAGAUGUGAAGAGGCUCAUGAGACAGAUCCUGGAGGGAGUGGCCUUCCUCCACCAGAACAAUGUAGUUCAUCUUGACCUGAAGCCUCAGAACAUCCUGCUCACGAGCAGUUCUCCUCUUCUGGGUGACAUUAAGAUUGUGGACUUUGGCCUGUCCAGGAUCAUCAGCACCCACCAAGAACUCAGAGAGAUUAUGGGAACUCCAGAGUAUGUUGCUCCUGAGAUUCUGAAUUAUGAGCCAAUAAGCACAGCAACAGAUAUGUGGAGUAUUGGUGUUUUGGCCUAUGUGAUGCUCACGGGAAUUUCCCCAUUCCUGGGUGAAGACAAGCAGGAGACGUUUCUGAAUAUUUCCCAGCUCAGUGUGAGCUACAGUGAUGAGGAGCUUCAGCAGCUGGACCCAGCUGCUCUGUCCUUCAUCCAGACGCUGCUCCGCAAACACCCACAAGAUCGGGCCACAGCCGAGCAAUGUCUCACACACCCUUGGCUUCAGCCCACAGAGCCUCAGGCAGUGGAGGAGGUCCUAACUGUAGAGGAAGGAGCCAGCACCACCAGCAGCUCCACCAAUAGCCCCGAACCUCCUAGAAGUACAAGCUCAGCUGAGGAAGAGGAGGCAGAGGAGGUUCAAGGCCCACUGACAGAGGAGCUGAUAGUCAUGGCAGCCUACACCCUGGGUCAAUGCCGCCAGUCCUCCAACUCUACCUUGGAGAAGGAGGCCCUGGCUGCGGAGCAGAAAGCCAUUUCCAAGCGCUUCAAGUUCGAGGAGCCCUUCAGUGCCCUGCAGGAGGUCCCUGGAGAGUUCAUCUACUGAACCACGACAUGCACCAGCAGCCUGUGACUGAGGAGACAUUAGUGCUGUCACAUUAAAAACAAAUAAACCUCCUCAUCAUACAAACCCCCUUAAUAGAUGCUGUAAGUGUAUAAUCAGAUACUGUUGCACAGUCACACAUUUAUUUAAACAGUUUAUAUUCUAUCAAGGCUAACUUUGCUUGACCCCCAGCCUACUUAACACCUCCUAAAGCAACUACAGUAACUGGCUAAAUGUAACAACAGCAUAACUCACUGCUGCUGUUAACAGUGACAUUUUCCAUCCAUAGCUGCCAAAAACAGACACAUCCAGCUCAGUGUUUACAUUCUGAGAAUGUGAGUUAUAAAAACCCAACACUCAUGCAUUUCCAUGCAAACAUUUGCAGCACUGAUUGAGACUGCAAGUUGACUGAAGUUGAACACUCUGAGCAGCAGGUCUGUUUGUCUGGAUCCUGAACACUGGAAACAAACACGAGAUCAACAAAAGCUC